AUGGCUUGCAACGGACUGCACCCGCGUGUGGGUAUUUUUGCUAUCAUCAGCGACGAAGAAGGCCGCAUACUCAUUGGGCGCCGACUUAGCCCAUUAGGCAAAGGGCAUUGGGGCUUCCCAGGUGGACAUCUCGAGCAGGGCGAGGACUUCUUCGACUGUGUGGAGCGAGAGACGUUAGAAGAGACGGGCCUCCAGAUUCGGGCAACCAAGGUCAUUGGACUGACCAACGAUAAGUUUCCAGAGUUGAAUAAACACUACGUCACCGUGUUCACAAGAUGUGUGCGAAAGGACGCAAAUCAAGAGCCACAGAGGCUGGAGCCAAACAAAUGCGAGGGAUGGUCCUGGAAGAGCUGGCAAGAAAUCAAAUCUAUGGCUAAUAGAGAAAGCGGCAGUCAGGAGCUGUUCUUGCCCGUGGAGAACCUCGUGAGAGAAAAUCCACAGCUGGAUAUGGAAACAAGCUCCAGCUGA